AUGACAAUUUCUUUACAAGAUAUAGUUAAUCGUUCUGGUAACGAAGCAUUAAGAUCCAACCCUCCUAAUGGACUUGAUUUCCACAUUACAAAACGUGGUUCAGAUUGGUUAUGGGCUGCCUUUGCAGUCUUUGGCUGUUUUCUCGUUAUCUAUUUAUUAUCCUACAUCUACAUAGAAACCAAGAAACAAGCAAACAACUUAAUCAGAUAUUCUAUUGCAUCAGUCUUAUUACUUUCAUUAUUCGAAUUCUUCCAUUUCUUUACAUACGCUUCAAACUUAGGCUGGGCUGGCGUUCAAGCUGAAUUCGAUCACUUACACGUCGACACCCCAAUCACAGAAUUGACUCCAGGCGUUAGACAAGUUUUCUACGAAAAAUAUGUCGCUUGGGCUUUAGUUUGGCCAUGUUGGAUCUUCUUCGUAGAAUUGGCAAACAGUUCCAUCUCCACUGCUAACCCAAUCGGUACCGACGGUACUAACGUCUUAUCUGCCAUGGAUUUAAUUCAUUCCAUGUUAUCUCAAAUUGUCGGUACCGUGUUUUGGGUCGUCGCUUUAUUGAUCGGUACUGUCAUUCAUUCUACUUAUAAAUUCGGGUAUUGGGUUUUCGGUGCCGUCGCUAUGCUAAUAGUUCAAUUCAUUCAAUUUAAACGUAUCUAUUUCACUUUGAAAAUCAGAGGAUUCACUGGUUGUAUCCAAUUGUUUAGUUUCAUUAUCGUUUGGUUGUAUUUCAUUUGUUGGGGUCUUUCUGAAGGUGGUAAUAGAAUUCAACCGGAUAGUGAAGCUGUCUUCUAUGGGGUCUUGGAUGUUUGUAUCUUCGGAUUCUUACCUGCUUAUUUAAUGAUUAUCGUUUAUCGUUACGGUAAGAUACCUGAAGUUGCUUUUGGUUCGAAUGAUCGUAUUCAACAUGAUGAAGAAAUUCAAGAUCAUGAAGAGAAAACUUCUGGUAUUGAUUCUGCUAGAGCUUCUGGUGAAACUGAAAUUCCAAAUGUUGAACAAGCUUGA